AUGCAAAAUUUACCGGCUGCGGUGGCGGAUGUAGCUCCUAAGGGCUACGGAACUGCUUUUGGUCCCCCAGGAGCGAAUCAGCAAGAGACAGAGGAGCAGCAGCAGCACAGUAUACAGUUCCCUGGGCAGCAGCAGCAUAUAAGCGUGCGUGAGCAUCAACCAAGUUUGCAGCAACAGCCACAGGCAGCGCAGCAGCAGCAGCAGCAUGAGCCCCAGCAAAGGCAGGUGGAUCUGGAAGCGCAUGUGCCCCUAAAGUCUGCAGCAGAGCCAAAACAGGCGAAGUCCCAGGAAACAGCGCUGUGCGGGCCGUUGCAAAGCAGCCCUGUGGGGAGAAGCGGAGCCAUUGUGCAGCCCAAGGCUGAGAGGGGCCUGAGCAGUGCAAGCCCUGAAGCUUCAAGGGCCUCCACGUCGCCCCCAAGCAGCAGCAGCGACGGCGGCUCCGGUGCAGCUGACUGCACUCAGUGCAGAAACCGGCACUUCCACCCUCCCAAGGUGGUGGCGGCCCCUGCACAGAGCCAGGAAGAGCUGCUCCGCCUGCCUGAACAGCCGCAGCUUCGCUUGGACCUUCUGAAGCACCCCGAAGCCCUUCAUUACCAUUGCACGGUUCCCAGCGAUAGCAGGAACGCUGGUGGCAAAGCGUUUUGGUGGACAGCAGCUGCCCAGCGGGAGCUUUUUCUGAAUCCUUAUGAUUUGGCAGGGUUUCCGAGAGAGCCAAGGGGGCCCCCCGAGAAGAGGCGCCUGGCAGAAAGAGGAGCCGUCUCAGUCGAUUUGGGAGCCCGAAUUCACAAAGCUCCUCGUCUGCAAAGACAUGACCAGCAGCAGCAGCAGCAAGGGGAGAGCCGCUCCGAAGAACAGCCGGGCACGAAGCACUGUGGCAACGGCAGCGGCACCUGCAACACGCCUGCGCACAGUAGCAGCCACAGCAGCAGUAGCACAACGUGCAGCCGCUGCAGCGGCUUGAAGUUGGCAUUUGACCUGCCGAGGGAACUUCACGCUGCAGAAAAUUCCCCGUAUUCAGUUGCCACUAGCAAGGGGCCCCCGAUAGGUGCCGCCUUGCGCCGCCGUCGACAGCAGCGGCAACAGCAGCAACAGCAUUUCUCCGACGACAGCAGCGCCAGCAGCGGCAGCGACAUAGCGGCGGGAGAUUUGCUGCCUGAUGUUUACCUGAAACUUGCAAAGCAGCCCAGGCCCCGCAGGGCUCUUGGAAUGGAGGCAGACUGGCUUAUGCGUCUGCAGGAUCCCCCCCAAGGCAUAGAAGCCCUCGACGUAUUUGCCGCUGCAGCAGCCGCAGCAGCGGCUCCUGCUGCGCUGAUGACACCACUAGCGAGCCCCUGUGCACUAGCAGCGCUCUUUAACACGACAGAGGCCUCAUCAGACGCUCCAAAUUGCGCCAGCAGCAACAGAAGCUUCAGCAACUUCAGCAGCACUAGUACCGCCAGCUGCGGGACCGUCAGCAGCACCGGAAGCAAGGGGGAUCCAACUGAAUUGGAAACAGCCCUUGAUCCUCGCGCUCCCUACCGGCCACAGACGUACCUGGAGCGUAUCGCCGCUUUUGCGCGUAGAAGAGCUCGCACAGCUCCAGCGCUGCGACUGUCGCUGCCUCAGCAGCAACAGCAACAGCAACAGCAACAGCAUUGCCAGCAGAAGCAGCCGUUGCCGCUUCUGGCAGCUCUCAUUUCCCGCAGCCUCUUGGGACAAGGAAGAGAUGCAACAACGCCAGCUGCCGGAGGCACUUCUUCAUCCCCCCAUCAUCAUCAUCCUCCCCGUCCGCGCAAGAAGGGCCUCAGGCCGCUGCAGGACGAGGCGCAUCAGCUUGAUUCUCGUCUGCUGCGGAAGUCUCUGCGCUGUUUCGGUCGCAGCAAGGGGGGACUUAGCAGAAGCAGCAGCAGCAGCAGCAGCAGCGGGAGGAUCUUUGCAGAUUUUGCUGCGGUUAAGACAAGACUCGUAGGCCUUGCUUUCGGGGAUAUUCCAUUUGACCCUGACGGACUGUGGCUGAGGGCGCAGCAACAGCAACAACGGCAGCAGCGGCAGCAGCAACCGCAAAUGAUAGAUGCGGACUCGCAGCAACUGCAGCAGCAGCAAAGGGGGGAACGAAUGGAUGCCCCGCAGACUUCGACGCUGCCCCUGAUGCAGGCAGCCAUGCGUCGAGUUCGCCUCUCGGCAAAGUACAGACAUCCAAGUGUCCGCAUCAGUAACAACUGCGGCAGCAGUGGGGGAAGCAGCAUGGGGAGGCCGCAGGGAGUUUCUUUUUGGCAAAAGGCUUCCAUUGAUUUGGGCUGCGGCGUCGUCUUGGCAACGCAUGCAGCAUCCGCAGGUUCGUUUUAUUUUGAAGUUUUGGUAGGUCCUGUGCCGUCGCAGCAGCAGCAGGAGCAGCUGCUGUUGCAAUCCAAAGGCGGAAUCUCGAAGCAGCAGCUGCUACAGCAGCAGCAGAGACAACUACAGGCGUCUUCCCAGUGCGACUUGCGGGUCGGCUGGAGCACUCGCAGGCACCCCCCUUCAGCCCCUCUAGGGGCCACAAGGGAUUCUGUGGCUCUCACUCUACGGGGAAAGGCCGCUUGGGCUGGGGUAGAGCUGCCCUGUUGCUUCCCACCCUUGAAGGAGGGAGACGUGGUGGGCUGUUGCAUUCGUUUGCUGCAGUCGGACCAAGAUCAGCAACCGAAGCCGCAGCAGCCCCAAGCUGCAGCUGCAGGCUCUCGGCCAGCAGCAGCCCAAGCACCCAGUGCCGCUUCUGCUUCAGCAGCGACAAAUGGAGAAGCAGCAGCAGCGCCGGCAGGAGACGCAUACGCAGUAUCUUGUUUAAUGGAUGUGGAUAGGCUAGCCCAGGGCUUCCUCCGCAGCGCAGCGGGGCUUUCAGAGGGCAAUAAGGGAGCUCAGGGCUUCCGGGAGGCUCCUGUUGGGUCUCACGUCCAAUUCACGGUCAACGGAAGGCCCCUUGGCCUGUGCUGCUUUGAGGGAAGCAACAGUGGAGGAUGCCUCCUCGCAGACGAGUACUUUCCGGCUGUUUCCCUCAUGGGGUGUGCUAGCUGUUGUGUGAAUUUCGGGCCUUCCUUCUGCUACGCGCCGCCUCCCUCUGAUCCUCCCUACAGCCCAUCCUGUCUGCUGCCCCUUCCUGUUGCACCACCGCUGACUUACGACGUCUACCCUUUGCUGCUGCUGCCGCAGCAGCUCCUAGCAGACCCGCAGCUCAACUUACUCCGGCCACGAACCCUGGCGGACUUCUUGGAGCAGCGCGUCCUCCAUCCGCAGCAACAGCAGGAAGCAAAGUGCCAACAGCGCCAUCAGCAGGACUGCCUCCUCCAUGGUGUUCCUAUUCAAUGUGAAGCUCUUGACUAUGCACGUAGCGAAACGCAUGCAGCCGUCGAGAACAGCGUGGAGGCAUCAGAGACCGAGGGCUCUCAAGGAUUGUUGAACGAAAAGGAGCAGGAGCAGCAAAGGCGAGACCAACUGAGCAAUGAACUCAAAGAUUCUUCAAGGGGGCUAGGAUUUUCGACACAGCAGGACAAAACUGCAUCAUCCAGCAACACUGCAAACAGCAGCAGGAGCUGCGGCUGCCGCUGCUCCACGGACAAAACAAGUAACAGCCAAGCGCGUGCUGACGACCGCGCAGUAGCGGCAAUACUGCGUGCUGCGAGCUCUUUAGUUCUGAGCCCUGAGGAGCUGAGCCAGCUACAAAAGGGUCUGAGGAGGCAGCGGCAGCAGCAGCACCUGCUGCAUUCUAUUCACCAGUGCGCUUUUGAAUCCCAGCUAAGAAGCUGUAGAGAAGUGUUGGACGCUGCAGCACAGCAGUGGGGAACCCGUCGUGCCUACAGACUGCGCAGGAAGAUGCCUUGGGCCAGACACAGAAGCAAUCUACGCAGCAGCAGCAGCAGCUGGUGCAGCGGCAGUGAUAGUUCGAGCAGCAGUGACGAAAGUGUCCGCUCUGCCGACCCGUCGACAGCAGAUGUUUCAACAAGGGACAAAGGGCCUUUACAACAAGGCCAGGCGCAAGAAACCCAGAGUAGCUCUCUUUUGGCCGCCCCUGCCUCUGAAGAGGCUGCAGUAGAAGGGAGUAUCGUUUCAGAGGCAGCAGCACCACCACUGCCAAAGGACAGCAGCAGCAGCUGCAGCAGCCGCUGUGCUGGCGCACCGUAUGUAGACUUCAGGCACCCUUGCAGCGUUUUAUUUUCAUUUCUUCUGCCCACACUACAAGGCCUAUAUCCCCCCUGCUCCCCCCGUUCGUUAGCUACCUCCAGGCCACAAACCGCAGCAGGAGAAAUGAAUGCUCGAGAUUUGACAGCAGCAGGGGAUGCAAUACCGGCAACGGAGGCUGCUGCAGCAUGGAAGCGUUUCGCACGGCUCUUUUGGAUGGUUGUAGCUCCCCUCGACAGUCAGCGCCGGCCCCUCAACCCCGCAGUGUUCAUCAACAACGAAGCAGUGGCUGCGCAGCGCAAGUCGAGACCCUGCGCAGCCGCUCGCGCUGCUGCUGCAGUAGGAGCCACUCAUGCUGCCUCGGGAGGCUCUUUAGGAGGGGCUGCUUCCGGAUCUGACUCUACUGCGAAGGGAACCGGAAGCGUUGGCACCAGUUCCCAGCCCACUGGCCGUUCCGGCCGACCAGGGGGAGCGCCAGCCCGACGGAAAGGGGGCAGUGUUGGAGGCUCUCAGUGCACAGCAUCAACAGCUGCUGCAGUCUCGUAUGAAACGGUGCAAGUGGGGCAGUUGCUGCUGCGUGUGCCGCAGGGAUGUCUCGCGGACUCUGGUGAUGAGGAUGCGCAGUUGCCUCCAGAGGCCGCUCCUGAAGCUCUAAAGGGAAAAAGGACAGCAGCAGGAGGCGCAGCUAGUGUGGCCUUCUCUGAAGACGAUGAGAGUGCCGUAGGGGCAGCUCUGAUAGAGCCUCUUCCUCUACCGUUGGUGUUACAGCGGCGUCUUGGGCUGAAGCCACGGCAACUGAUGGAGGCUCUGGGAUGCCGUUUCCGCGUGUUGUCUAGGCAGCUCGCCGGCAGUCACGCAGCCAUUGCAGGGGUCAGCUGUAUAUACACUGCAGUAGUGCGUCUCCGCCACUUGCAAGCCAAAGCUCAGGCAGCAGAGGAAGAGGCAGCGAAGGACGUAGCCUGUGAGUUCUGGAUAGAGCAGCAUGCUGGCGCCCUUUGCGGACUCUGA